UUGGAGAGCAGGUGAGGUGGGGUUUGGCAGAAUUUUGCUGUGGAUAGGAAGUGGGAGUGAGGAGUGAGGCCGAAACAAGCAGAUGUGGGUAGUGUAAAGUCGGGGAGAGGGCUUUCACAGUCCAGGCAGGCCUGAGGAGCCUCCUUCCCCAGGUUGUUGGAAGAGUGAUCUUACCUGAGUGGGAAGGAGGCUUUUCUUCCAUGACCACUGCUUGAGGCCCUUGGUCAGUGCGAAGAAGCCCUCUCUGUGCUGGGACCUAGGAUUAGGGCAAACAUCUCAGGGCCAGGCACCCAGGGACUGGGGAGCAAAGGCAGAAACAGACACUUGGCUAGGAAGUAGGAAAGGCAGGGUGAAGGGGACAUUCUGUGAGCCAUGUAAGCAGGCUUUCCAAGAAGUGGGAAGCGACACAACUGGGGCUUCAAGGCCAUAAGCAGUUAGCCUUGGGCCAGAGGAAGGCAUUGCAGGUGGGGGAAGCUGCCUGUGCAAAGACCUGGAGUAUGUAAGAUCUGGAGCAGAGAGGUUUAGGAGAUAAAGUGGUGGCAGGUGAGCUCAAGGCUGUCAGCUAGAGCUGUGCUGCCUACUAUGGUUGCUAGAGCCAUAGGACAUGGUGACUAUUUAAAUUUAAAUUAGUUAGCAUUAAAUAAAAUUACAAAUCUAGCUCUUUGGGUGUACUAGCAAGAUUUCAACUGCUCAAUUGCCACAUGGUAGCUCCAGAAAUAGACUAGAUAUUGAAGGGUUCCUUCACUGCAGGAAGUUUCUUUAAUCAGCGGGAAGCCUCAGGAGAGUUAGGGUUGCUCAAGGACCCACAGGAGAGAGCAGGCUUAGACUAGGCUGCCUGGCAGGUUAGGGCCUGAUCUGUGAGGUCUCUGGACUACAAGUGAGGGAACAUCCCCAUCCAUGUGAGGUGGUGUGACUCACGUCCUGCCAGCAUAAAGUGGACUCUGCCCCCAUGAAGGAACUAACCAGGUCGGACCUCGUUAGCCCUGACUUAGGAGCAGUGUGAUCAGAGCCAGAGUCAGAGAAACAUGGAGUCCAACACGGUCCAACUGAUGAAGAUGGAGUAUGCCAUGAAGUCCCUCAGCCUUCUCCACCCCAAGUCCCUGUCCAGGUAUGUGACAGUGAGCACCUCAGCAGUGACCCAGCAGCUGCUGUCAUUGCCCAGCCAGCAGGUCCUCAGAGCCCGGCCCUGCAGAGUGAGCACCAAGGACCGGAGUGUGCGGAAGGGCCUCAUGGCGCACAGUCUGGAGGACCUCCUCCACAAGGUCCGGGACACCUUGAUGCUGGAGGACAAGCCCUUCUUCCUGGUGCUGGAGGAAGAUGGCACAGCUGUAGAGACAGAAGAGUACUUUCAGACCCUGGCAGAUGAUACAGUGUUCAUGGUCCUCCGGAAGGGGCAGAAAUGGCAGCCCCCAUCAGAGCAGGGUUCUCGGUACCAACUCUCUCCUUCCCGUAAGCCUGCCAAGAAGAUUGAUGUGGCCCGCGUAACUUUCGACCUGUACAAGGUGAACCCACAGGAUCUCAUUGGCUGCCUGAAUGUAAAGGCAACUCUCUAUGGCACAUACUCUCUUUCCUACAAUCUGAACUGCUACGGGGCCAAGCGCAUCAUGAAGGAAGCUCUUCGCUGGGCCCUCCUCAGCAUGCAGGCCACAGGCCACGUACUGCUCGGCACUUCCUCUUAUAUGCAGCAGCUUCUGGAUGCCACAGAGGGAGAGCAGCCUCCCAAGGGCAAGGCUCCAUCCCUCAUCCCAACCUGUCUGAAGAUGCUGCAAUGAAGACCCAACUCUUGGAGGCCUUCUCUUGGCAAGGACUAGACCAGAGGCCCCGUGCUGAGCUGGUAGCACCCACAAGCCUGGCAGUUAGAGAGCUUCUUACCUCCCUACAACUCCCUCAUUCCCACAGAACUAUGAAUGUGGAAGCAAGGGUAAGGGUUGGAAACCUGGCAUGGGCUGUCCAAAGGAGAAUUGAGGGGAUUUGGCCUGGCCCAGCUCCUUCCUGUCCAAGGUAGCUUAGCUGACCAAGACUGGUCACUAACAUACUGGGCAUGAAGCCUGCCCCUCAGCUACCUGCCUUCACAUGCUGUACUUUCAUCACAUUCCCUACUUCUUGGCCACCAUCCCUAGUACACCAGAGUGAAUUGUCAGGCCCACUAGCAUAUGAUAUUAGAGAGUUCACAAUAAAUGAUUUACACUGAUA